AUUUCAGAUUUUCCUCGCUUCUUUCUUUGACCCAUUGCUUCCCUGCCUCCCUUGGGUUUCUUCUUCGUUGCCACUCUUUGAUCUCUUCACGGAACUUCAUUUGUUAAGAGCUCGUUUAGCCUGCCUUUUGUCGCCCAUCAUACGGAGCUACACUUUUUCUGUUAAAAUUUUGUAAGGGUUUUGCAGUCGGUCUCUACUUACAGCUGGUCAGAUUCACGGGCUUUAACGUCUCAUCAACCUUUCUAAGUUCCCAUGGAUUCCUCGUCUCUUAACUCCCCGGAGCUGAUGAAUUUUAUCAAUGAAGAGAAGCAAAGAGCUAUGGUUGCUGAGAUGGUGGCAAAGCUUACCAGUGUCUGUUGGGACAAGUGCAUCACUGGAACACCAGGGAGUAAGUUCAGCUCCAGUGAAUCCAACUGUCUAUCCAACUGUGCCCAGCGCUAUAUGGACAUGAGCAUCAUCAUUAUGAAACGAUUUCAAAAUAGUUAAAAGGAUCUCAACGCGAGGCUUGCUUUUCCAGUUACAAGACAAUGUAUUUUCUUGGGUCUAUUGUUCAAUUCUAACCGAUAGGCAAAAGGUUAUGAAUUUCUGGAAAUACUGUUCAUUUUUUUGAAGUUGUUGCAUUCCCUAAAUCAGAUUAUUUUACAUUACAUCUUGAUGAGAAGAGUAACGAACCGAAGUAGGGUAUUCUGUUUUUUAAGGAGGAUAAAGAGAAAAAAAGGGGUAUUCUGUUUCUUUUGGCA